GAGCGCUCCCGGUAACCCAGGUAAAACACGUGAUGGGUCUCCAAGAUGAUGUCAUAGUGAAAUAUCCCUCUGGAGCUCGUAGCUACCUCACACUAACUUCCUCAUUACUUGUUCGGUUUGUCCAUUAAGGUCAGCUCUGGCAGUCGUAUCUGAGACUUCCCAAAAUAAAUCAUCUGUCAUGGCGUGUGCUGAAGGAGAAGGAUCAGGGAAACCCCUCACGGGAGGACCAGAAGCACAAGCAGAAUCAGACGAGACUAAACUGGACUCUGAUGGACCGGACGUCUGCAGGUUCUUCCUGAUGGGCCGGUGUCAUUUCGGAGAAAGGUGUCGACUGUCCCACAGUGCAUCUGGAUUAGCUGACUGUAAACCUGUACAAGCAGAAGAGAAAGGCAGCAAAAACCGCAAGACCAGAAAAAAGUCCGGCAGAGCUGAAAAGGCCAAAGACGGGGAGAUAAAAGAGUCGGAGAAGAAGCCCCGCAUGCGCACUGCUGAUGAUGUCAUCUCCCGGAUCUUGUGGGACUCCUCUGUGGACCCGGCAGACUUUGUGGUGGGCCACCUGGACCGAUUUCUGGGGGUUCUGGAGCGCCCCUUCUCCGAUUUCUCCUGGGACACUCAGGUAUGUGACUGUGAUUAUUCAGAGGAACUGACCAUUCCUCGUCACAGGAUCCAGUAUUUCAGCUAUAAAGGGCAGCGUGUAUGGGACAGAGACAGCCGCACUGACCGGGUGUUUGGAUCCACAGGACAGACAGUGCUGCCCCCUUUUGAUCAGGAGGAUCAAGGUCAAGAGGGCGGCGCUCAGGAUACGACACAAGACGUAGACGAAUCCCAAACCAAGAAGAAGGAGCAGAUCUCGGAUCUCAGUGAUCCUGAAGAUGCAGCAGACUGUGGCGCGAAUGGCCCGAAGGAUGAAGACUUCGGAGAUGCCAGGCUGGCCCGAGAUGCCGAGGCGCUAUCAGUCUCUCCAAGAGUUGAACAGAUUGCACCGGUGGAGGAAUGGAAAGACUGGGAGGAGGAGGAGGAGGAGGAGAAGGAAACCCAGCCCGUCCCUCAGGAACCACAGCCUGGCAGGCCGUCUCGCAAGCCUACGCAUUUCGUUUGCUUCCGCGUGGACUCCCCCGCAGCUCUUAUGGCCUUCCAGCGCGUCCAGAGGAAGAUCCUGACCCACCUGCCCCAGUCGGAGGAAUUCUGGGUCAACCCGGCCACCCUGCACGUCACUCUCUCUCUCCUGGUUCUCCCGGGCCCGGCGGAGGUUCAGGCCGCAGCCGAACUCCUCCGUUCCAUCGUGAAAGACUUCUACAAACCACCCAUCUCUGUCUUUUUCCCACUCAAGCUCAAGCACUUCAACGGGAAGGUCCUUUUCCUUCCACCGCGGCCCGUCCAGGAUGUCCAAAGCAUCAACACCCCGCUCCAGGAGGCCUUCAGGGAGAAAGGCUGGCUCCACCGCCACUCCAAAUGCCCCAACUACCACCUCACGCUGGCCAAAGUAGAGGGCGAGGAGACCGAUAGGAUGUUUGAAGAUGUGGGGGCCAUCAAACUGGCUAAAGACAUCAACUUCGGAAAGCUGGAGGUGGACAAGUUAUACCUUUGUGUCAACGGCGCUCCAAAAACGGACAACGGCUUUUAUCAGAUCGUAUGUGCUGUACAGUUCCCUACUGUGUAACUCAGUGAUGACUGUAGUCAGAGGUGCAGUCUGUAUGAUACACAUCCUCAGGGCUUAACUGGGGGGGUGGCAAGGGAAUAGUCUAAAACUUCCUCUACGUAAAACUGCCACCCCACCUUCUACCCCCCCUAUCGUCUAACAUGCCUUCUAGAGAUGCAUUAAUCCACCUUUACAGUCAUGUGCAAAUGUUUUAGUAUCCCUGGUCAAACUACAUGCAACUUAAUGAUUUAUUAUCAUUUUUUAAUCAAAAUGCAGUUUCUAUUUUUGUGAGUUCAGCAUACUGGGGAGAAAAGAAAAGGCCCAAUCCCAUUUCUUAUUUUUACCCCUACCCCUUGUUUUUGAGCGUCUGAGUUACUGGGGUAGUCAUUGAAAUCUUCCCUCUGAAAUGGGACCCUCAAAUAAAAAGAGCAUCACUUCAUUAACAGCUACCAGCGCUGCUCUGUAGGCGACCCUGCCAGUCUGCAGUGACAGCAGAGGAGGGUAAAGUUCA